GGGAGCUGACUGAAGCAGGUGUCGGUGUUGUCCUGAGUGGCGGAGGAGACUACAAGUCCCGUGAUGCUAGAGGGACGGGCGGCUGUGUGGUGGGUGUCAGUGUGGAAGUAAAGCCCCCUCUAUUGGCGCUCUCUUGUGGUCUACGUGGGGCUAGGCAUAGAAAACGUGUGCGGAGGGGAGCACAGCCCACCAGCCUCUCACAUCCUCUGAGCACAGCUCCCUCCUCCCGGCCACACAGAGCGCAGGAUCCGGGCUCUCCCCGGCUGGAUGUAAAGGCAGAGCACAGGAGGAGCCGUGUAUGUAGUGCUGUACCUGUGGCGCUGACUCCCUCCCUCCCUCCUUCCUCCGUGCGGUGUCCGGCCAGCUCUUCUCCCGCGGGAGGCAGAAGAUGCGCCCUGUCCUCUGAGACUGGAACAGCGAUGAUUCCCGAGACGUCCAACCAUGUCGUGUCCACCAUCGAGAACCUGCCGGCGGAGAGCAUCUCCAGCAGCCCCGGCCCAGUGCAGAGGUUCAGGAAAGUGUUUAACAGGGAAAUGCUGCUGUCUAUUGCUCUGGGACAAGUGCUCUCCCUGCUUAUCUGUGGAAUAAGGCUCACAAGCAAAUAUCUGUCAGAAGAUUUUCAUGCCAACACACCUCUCUUCCAGAGUUUUCUUAACUACAUCCUACUGUUCUUGGUUUAUACAACCACGUUGGCUGUAAGACAAGGGGAAGAAAACUUGUUGGCAAUAUUGAAAAGAAGAUGGUGGAAGUAUAUGUUCUUAGGCAUUAUUGACAUAGAAGCAACAUACUUAGUGGUCAAAGCACACCAAUAUACCACCUUCAUUAGCAUACAGUUACUAAAUUGUUUUAUUAUCCCAGUGGUCAUAUUACUAUCCUGGUUUUUCUUGCUGGUCCGAUAUAAGGUCUUGCAUUUCAUUGGUGCUGUAGCAUGUAUCCUGGGAAUCGGAUGCAUGGCAGGAGCUGAUGUUCUAAUGGGAAGACAACAAAAGGAGGUAGACUUUUACCCGGGAGAUAGUAAACUCAUUGGUGAUGUUCUGGUUCUUGGAGGUGCCACUCUGUAUGGUAUUUCCAGCGUAUGCCAGGAAUACAUUGUUAGAAACCUCAGCCGAAUUGAGUUAUUGGGCAUGAUUGGACUUUUUGGAUCUUUCUUCAGUGGCAUACAACUAGCAAUAAUGGAACACAAGGAGUUGUUAAGGGUACCUUGGGACUGGCAAGUAGGACUCCUCUAUGUGGGAUUCACAGCCUGCAUGUUUGGCCUGUAUAGUUUCAUGCCUUUUGUUAUAAAGAAAACCAGUGCUACUGCAAUCAACCUCUCCGUGUUAACAGCAGAACUCUACACAUUUUUCUGUGGCCUCUUCUUAUUCCAUUAUAAGUUUUCAGGACUUUAUCUUCUGUCCUUGGGCACAAUUCUGCUGGGACUGUUGCUGUAUUUCUCCACAACGACCUAUGUGGCCCAGGAUCCGCGAGUGUAUAAGCAAUUUCGCAACCCCUCAGGACCUGUUGUAGAACUGCCAGCUAGCGCACAACUUGAGCCCUCAGUAACAUAUACCAGCUUAAGCCAAGAAACAGAAGAAGAGCCACGUGUAAGAGUUGCCUAAGGUCAAGCAUUUGUCACCUAUUAAGGUAUCAGUGGCAUCUGUUUGUCCAUUAUCUCUGUUUUGUGCAUAGAGAAAAGGUUUUACCAGGUACUGUCACAAGAAGGGGCUCAAAAGCAGGAGCAUGAAAAAAAAAAAAAAAGGUUUGACAAGGAUGCAAGAAAUACCAACCACCGGCAGACUCGGAAACACCUGGAGUCAUCAUUUUGCCAGCACAUUUAUUCUUGAGUGCAUAAUCAGAGGGUAAGAAAACGUUGGGAAAGGUGAUAUUACCUCAAAGUUUACUUUUGCACAUGUCUUCAUGUGGUAUAUUGCCAAUAUUUUUUUAUUUUAGUAAAAAAAAAAAAUCACCAUGUAGUUUUCACUGAAGAUCCCCAUCUUACAAAAUUAUGUGAUUUCCUAAUUAAAGCUACUUGAGAAUAAUGAAAUAAAUUACAUUCCUACUGGUGCACUGCCAACUGCCUCUGGUCUUUAGCCCAGGCGCAUCUGCAAUCAUUUAGACUGUUGGUGGCAUUAUCAAUUCCUUGAAUUUUUGUAAUAUGUUAGGUUUAUAUGACUUUUUGUAUCUUCCAGUUGCCAAGUAAAUUAUAUCCUUGUUUUUCCACGCUUUUACUUUGGUUUAACAUGAUUCAAAGCAGCUAAAUAUGACUUUGUCCAACACCAGGGCUAGAAAAUAAAAACUGUAUAAAAUAAAAAAUAAAAUAAAUCUGUAUUGUUGCCUAGAGUGACCAGUCAGAUUCCUUAGUUAAUGCUCCCAGGGAAUAUAACUAUUGAUUGGUCAUUAUGGGCAAAAACUUUUUUGUUUUUGUUUUGUUACUCUAGGUUUAUAUAAAAAUCAUUGUACAGUCCAUAUUUAAAAAGUCAAAGUUAUCUGCAUUGUGCAAUAAGCCAUGCCACCCAACUCAACAAUUGUGUUUAAGGAAAUUUAUCAAGAAAAAAAUAUGGCUUGCCAUUGCUCACUUAUUUCUGAAAACAUUAGUUAUUUGACUAUGGUGCUGACCCUGUGGCUCCACCACUUUCUGAGUCACUGAACCAGGAUAACUAUGGGGUGUUCUGGCUUCAUUCGACCUUACAUGCUGCCUACUUGUUCCAGAUCACUGACCAUAGGGUCUGGUUCACACCACCCUGCAUGCAGUGUUUUACCACAAGGGUCGCCGUCAGAGUGAAUAGAGUAGUAGAGCUACAGGACCAGCAUGACAGCCAAGCAAGCAACUUUUUCAGGAAAUCCCAGUAGCGGCAGCCAUUGUCAUUCUCUCAGCAUAGGUUUACUUUCAUAAGUCUAAUUGCUCUCAUAUGGUAACAUGUACAAUUCAUUUUGUUGCUUAAAGUUACUGUACAUCAAUGCUCUGCCUUAUUGGAUAUGCCAACUAAAGUGACAUCCUUGGAUACACAGCACCAGCUCAGUAAUAAAUGUAAUGUGUGUUUUAAACUGGCUAGACAGCACAUUGCAAAAAUGUCAGCAUUUUCAAUGUCUUUUCUGUAAUUCACCAAAACACAACUGUUUUAUCCAGCUCUAAUGUAAGCAUGCUUUUAGUAAAAUAUUUCUGAAGGUAAUGGGAUUGUACCAACACUGCAAUAAAUGUUUGUCACAAAUCCA